CACCCGGCGCGGUGUUUAGACUUUACUGGUGUCGUGGCGCUUAGUAAAGAAGUUGUUCCUCUGAGGGGCUCUGAGGCUGAAGUCAAGGUCGCGUGACCCUGGCCCUUUCCUACCCAUUCAUCCUUCGCCCGCCUUUCCCUACCCUGGCAGGAUGAGGCGUGCAGGCCUGGGUGAAGGAGCACCUCCAGGCAGCUAUGGGAACUAUGGCUAUGCCAACAGUGGGUACAAUGCCUGUGAAGAAGAAAAUGAGAGGCUCACAGAAAGUCUGAGGAGCAAAGUCACUGCAAUAAAAUCUCUUUCCAUUGAAAUAGGCCAUGAAGUUAAAAAUCAAAAUAAACUAUUAGCUGAAAUGGAUUCACAAUUUGAUUCUACAACUGGAUUUCUAGGCAAAACUAUGGGAAGACUGAAGGUUCUGUCCAGAGGGAGCCAAACAAAAUUACUGUGCUAUAUGAUGCUAUUUUCAUUGUUUGUCUUUUUUGUCAUUUAUUGGAUUAUUAAACUGAGGUGAUGCAAAUAAGUGUGAGUUUUGAAUUUGUUCCAGCUAAUGGCUUGGAGUACCACCUUAAUAACCAGCAUCCCAACAUUCCUGAUGCCCUUUGCAUUGGCGAUUACUGGAUUUUAGAAAUCAUACUAGAUCAUAUAGUGAUUUUUGAAUACUGUUCCUUAUUGACUCAUUUAAAUCCCUAUUUUCAGGGAUAUUGAGAUUACCUAAAGUUGGUGUGACUCUACCAAUUUUUCCCCAGUAUUUUACUGUCAGAUUAAAUAGCAAUACAAAACCCAGUUGUUACUUUCUGAUGUGAAUGGAAGAGCAGCAAUGGAAUGUCCGGAGAGCCUGAGACUGGGCUCGUAGGAUGGUGAUAGAACGCUCCUUUUUCUUUUCUUGUGAUGAUGGGCUCUCCUUCCUUGUCUGGUACAACUAUAGGCCUGUUUCUUAUUCCCUCCAGUCCUCUUAAUAAGUUUUGACCACGUGAAUUCUUUGUAUGAGGACCUUCUUUAAUAAAGAUACAUUUCUACUGGGGCCUGAUUUUGUGUAUGUCAACUAUUGUUCUUUUUAAUGAUAAAUUCUGUUGACUUGCUUUGUAGUAGUUUUAUGAUUUUUAGCUACUUAUGUAGACCAUUUGAUUAUAAUUUGUGAUAAAAUAAUGUGAAAUAGUAAUUGCUGAGUUCUGCAUAGAAGUCAAGUGUUCAAGUCUCUGCAUUAUUAUGUGCUCAAAAUAGAUUCUGAAAAUACUCAGCAUUGAGCUCACAGUUAAGAGGACUGCUGUUCUGCAUCAUUGUAUUUGUUUACAGAAAGCAAAACACAAAGGUGGAUUUGAGCAAAAAAGAACUAUUAAAUAUUGUUAAACACUGCAUUGUUCUUUUGGAAUUUACCUACUUAUAGGUUCAAAAAUAAAUUUUUAUAGAAAUAUA